GACUGGAGUGGAGACUGGAUGACUUUAAAUACAGAAUGAAUGGUUGAUCAAACAACUAAGUGUGCUGAUGUGCCGUGUGUCUAUGCGUGGCUGUAUUGUAUUGGGGACUUGUAUUGUACUAAGAAAAUGUUUUCAACAAGUUCCCAGUCAAAACACUGGUUGUUCAGUGGAGAGACAGAGCUAGCAAAAUGUCGAACAGAAGCAAAUGCCACUUACAUCAGCAAACACAGAGGAACCAUGACAGAUAAUGAAGUAACAUCACACUUUUUGACUCCUGUUGAAGAAAGAAUAUUGAGCAGACAGUAUGAGGUGGUCUUGCGGAAAUUUUGUGCUGAAUUUCAGCCACCCAUGCCAAAAUGUGUCAUAGGGACUUCCUUGGUUUUCUUCAAAAGAUUUUAUGUCAACAAUUCCAAUAUGAACUACCAUCCCAAAGACAUAAUGCUCACAUGUGUAUAUUUGGCUUGCAAGGUGGAGGAGUUUUAUGUACCCAUCGGCCAGUUUGUGAAAAACCUACGAGGAGACAGAGAGAAAUUUGCUGAUGCCAUUCUCAGCUUUGAGCUCACUCUCAUGGGAAAGUUAAACUAUCACCUAACAAUCCACAACCCUUUCAGACCCUUAGAAGGAUUUUUAAUAGACAUCAAGACUCGAUGCAAGGAAAUUGAAAAUCCAGAACGAAUGCGCAAAGCCACUGAAGAAUUCUUAGAAAGAAGUCUACAAUCUGAUGCUUGCUUGAUAUUUUCUCCUUCUCAGAUAGCCUUGGCUGCAGUGCGGUUUGGAGCUUCAAAAGAAGGAAUAUCUCUUGACAGAUACAUCAAAGAAGUUCUUCUCAAGGUCGCCAGUGAUAAGGAAGCUGAAAAUAUGCUGUACCAGCUGAGACGUGUGAAAUUCAUUGUCAAGGGAAUUGAAAAUGUGCCCCGGGAACAGGCUCAAGCUAUCCAAAAGAAACUGGAGAACUGUCGGAAUCAAGCAAAUAAUCCUGACAGUGAUGUGUACAAGAAGAGGAUGUUGGAGAAAUUGGAUGAAGAAGAAGACAUCAGAGUGAAGAAAAGAAGCAAAGUUUCAGAGGAAAGCUAGCAGUGGGCUCAAAGUUGCAGCUGCUGAUUUUUGCUUAACGAUGGCUUUUCUUGCAACUGAGAGAAACCUGCACUGAUUGUCUGCCAUCUUUUUUCCAAGCCUACGUCUGAAAAAUAUAGAUUUAAUACCAAUGAUGUUGGGAACAAUAUGGCUGAGUCUCAGAGAUUGUAAAGAUAUUGAUUACGAUUACAAUUUCUUUUAUCGUAGUAGGUUCUACUAGUUUUUCACUUAUGGUGCUUUGGGUCUAAAGUGAAAGAAAAUACUAAUGUAACUCUAAAUGCCUCUGAGCAGUUGAAGUAAAAGGACUGCUUUUUCUGUCCCUUGAACAGACUUUUCCCAGAUAUGGCAUCUCUUUGCCCAACUCCAUCAAUGUACCAUACUUCUACCUGUUGUAAUGCCACCCAUCAGACAGAACGUUGAGUGAACAAUGCUGCUAUCUCUUUUAGACAGUUGGGCAGUCUCACUGUGUCUUUUAAUGUUCUUUACUUUUCUGAUCCAGAGGCCAUUUGAGUUCGAGCCCUUCAGCCUGUCUUGCUGUGUCAGGUGUAGAGUGUCCAGUAGAUAGCAUUCCCAAGUGCUUGACCUGCAGUCAGUGUUAUCUUCUUUUGCAGUCUUUGAACAAAAAGGAUGUUUCCCAGCGAGCAUCAUGAAUAA